GCCAGAGACUCUUCACAAGACCUGAAGACGAGACAGCUUGGACUUUUCUCUGCACCAGUCUCUAGGUCCAGCCUCCUUUGAAGCAUGAGUUCCUACCAGCAGAAGCAAUACAACAUCUCAGCUCCCCAGCUUCAGCAGCAGCAGGUGAAACAUCCCCAACAGCCUCCACAUCAAGAACCAUUUGCUCCCAAAGAGCCAUGCCACACCAAGGAUCCACAGCCUGGUCACACCAACGAUCCACAACAUGACCAUACCAAGGUUCCCGAACCUGUUCACCCUCAGGUCCCUCAGCCUGGCCACCCCAAGCAUCCACAACCUGACCAAAUCAAGGUUCCUCAACCUGGCCACACCAAGGAUCAACAACCUGGCCUCAACAAGAUUUCUCAGCCUGGUCACAUCAAGGAUCCUCAACAUAACCACACCAAAGUUCUUGAGCCAGUUGACCCUCAGGUCCCUCAGCCUGGUUACCCCAAACAUCCACAACCUGGCCAAACCAAGGAUCAACAACCUGGCCACAACAAGAUUCCUCAGCCUGGCCACAACAAGGAUCCUCAACAUGACCACAUCAAGGACCCUCAACAUGACCACACCAAGGUUCCUGAGCCUGUUAACCCUCAGGUCCCUCAGCCUGGUCACCCCAAGCAUCCACAACCUGGCCAAACCAAGGAUCCACAAGCUGACCAAAUCAAGGUUCCUCAGCCUGGCCACAACAAGCAUCCACACCCUGGCCAAACCAACGAUCAACAACAUGGCCACACAAAGCAUCAACAACAUGGCCACACCAAGGAUCAACAACCUGGCCACAACAAGAUUCCUCAGCCUGGCCACAUCAAGGACCCUCAACAUGACCACACCAAGGUUCCUGAGCCUGUUAACCCUCAGGUCCCUCAGCCUGGUCACCCCAAGCAUCCACAACCUGGCCAAACCAAGGAUCCACAACCUGACCAAAUCAAGGUUCCUCAGCCUGGCCACACCAAGCAUCCACACCCCGGCCAAACCAACGAUCAACAACAUGGCCACACAAAGCAUCAACAACAUGGCCACACCAAGGAUCAACAACCUAGUCACAAGAUUCCUCAGCCUGGCCACAACAAGGAUCCUCAACAUGACCACAUCAAGGACCCUCAACAUGACCACACCAAGGUUCCUGGCCUAA